UCGAUCACGGGGCACCUGGUGAAGCCUAUCAACAAGUAUCGCCAGAGGCCCCACAAACGAAUGCGCAAAGUGCUGCGUGAUGAGACACCAGGUGCGAUGUUGUAUCCGCGUGUCUAAUUGUACCUUGGUGUGUCUUGCUAACGUGGGAAGGGACCUCUGAUGGAAUCAGAGCGCACAAGGACACUCCCAAACGAUCUGACCGUGCUGCCCGAGCGGAUACAUCAGCGCAAAUAGACGAAUUAGCUACCCAGCUUUCCGCAACGAUGAUGGAUGAACCAAACGGAAGCGGCUGUCAAUGCUGCUGUGGUGAUUGGGAGAGCGCACACGAUCGCUGUAGGAACUGUUCCGCAAAGGGUCAGUGCGAUUACGAAGAGCCUUGCCAGUGUGCCGGAAUUCAUAGCCCUGUUUGUUGUGCUUCCCCUCUACAGAAGCCUCUGAAGUCAGACAGAAGAUGGAGCGACAAUAUGUGGCGCCCCUUCCCAGGUCCUCGCCUUGAGCGCUACGUCCUGAAAGACCAAUACUCUGGGGAUCGGCCCAGUCCGCCGCCGCGAGCACGUUCGCACUCGCCCCAGGAUCCCAACGAUUAUCAGCCGUAUCGGGAUCGCGACUAUGGCUACCGGCCCUGGAGCCGCCAAUCGUCUCGGCCAUCCGUCCAGGCUACUAAGUCUCCUCAGGUUAGCAGAAAGACCAGCAUAGAAAAGCUUUUGGAUAGUCUACAUCUGUCGAAAGACCUCCCUCCCCCUCCAGAAUCUCCUAUCGUGGUCCCAAUCUAUAGGUUCAACUUCUCGUGGAGAGGCCGCAACCGUCCAGGGGAGAGUUCGCGCUGGAGUCGUUUUCCCUUUUCUCGUUCCAGGUCACCAGCCAUCCAGGAAGUUGAGCUGUCAACUAUGGGCGGCAACGACGAGUCAACUGACACUGACCAGCCUCGUGACAGCGAAUCUGCUGUUUCUUCCCAAGCCGUGCCUCCCCUAAUACCUCCUACCAUAUCAUAUCCUUCAACCGGAAUGCCGCCCACGGAAAGGAUUGAUUUACUAUUGGCCGGAAUCGAAAGUAUCCAGGGUCAGCUGAACUUUCUGAGAGACCAUGCGACCAGCCUUGGCCACCAGUUUGGCAACCCUGCCUGCGAGAUCAAUAACGUCGCCGAUCGGAUUAACAACGCUGCAGACCGGAUUGACAACCUCACCCGCACAUUCGGACCAACGGUUACACUCCCAGUACUCAAUGACAUACUAGAGCUUCCCCAGGAAGAUGCUGGCCCUGCUGUUCGUUACGCAGAAUGUCUGCCGAGCAGGACGAGGCCUGCUAGGACACCUUCUCCGGUACGAAACCACCGCGAGUCAUUCUGCACUAUUUAACAUGAUCAAGCUUACACCCGAGGAAUCUGCUUCCAAGCUAACACCCGAGGACUCUGAUAUCCAGAUCACACCCGAGGACCCGAAGAGUCCUCGAAAAAGCGGCGAAUCUAAGCGCCCGCCAACCGUUCGGUAUGGUUCGUGGUUCGACGAAACACAUCAACCAUAUGGCCCCUAGCGCCAGGCUUGCAGUGGACGAUUCAUGUGUUCGUCCUUCUUUCGUACUGAGAUUUGCGUUUCGGAGUUGGUGGUAUCUUUGCCUGUGCAUAGAGAAGUUGCUACUUCUGGUCAGAUAAGCCGAAUAGCGUAAGGGAAUUCUCCCUUUGAAAGCCCGCU